UCCAGGGCUGUGGGGCUUAAACCACAAGUGAAAACAAACAGGACCAUAUGAAACUUCCGCCAGAAAAUGGCUACGCCGGCUGUAGUGUCCACGGAUGGAACGAGCUCCAAACAGUUUUGGAGAUUUAGCAUUACAUUAAUUGCUCAUCGACGGGUCCUGUCUGGGUGAAUGGGCGACGUGAGAAUUAGAGUUCAAAAAGCUGUUAAAUCACAUCAUAAUCCACAACUAGUCAAUCUGGUAAGGUCUUGUGAAGUGAAAAAAACCUGCUUGUAAUAAGAAAGUCUAUGAAGAUGUUUUUAACUUGGAUUUUGAUCUGAGAAGACUUUUUCACUAAAGGACUUGUCAUUAUAUUAUAUUAUGCACAUGCAUUAACUGAUGGAGUGGAGUGGGUUAUUGUGAUGUUUUUGUCAGCUGUUUGGAUAAUCUUUCUGACGGCACCCAUUCACUUCUGAGUAAGUGAUGCAAUGCGGAGUUUUUCCAAAGCUGUAAAAAAACACGAAAGAAACUUAUCAAUACCAUGGAUGGGUACUCCUGGAAAUCGAAAAAUGGCUUCCUCGGAGCUUCUCAGCAUCUCUGGUGCAUCCCAGACGAACAAAAAGACCUUGGGCCACAGAGGAAUUGACCCCACUGGGGAAACCACAUAUAAAAAGACCACAUCAUCUGCUCUGAAAGGUGCAAUUCAGCUGGGCAUCACGCACAGCGUGGGAAGCUUGAGCCAGAAGCCAGAAAGAGAUGUGCUCAUGCAGGACUUCGAAGUGGUAGAAAGCAUCUUCUUUCCCAGUCAAGGCAGCAACUCAACUCCUGGUCAUCACCACGGCGACUUCAAGUUUAAAACAUACGCUCCCAUUGCAUUCCGCUACUUCAGAGAGAUGUUUGGGAUCCGACCUGAUGACUACCUGUACUCUCUUUGUAAUGAACCCCUUAUUGAACUGUCUAAUCCUGGAGCGAGCGGGUCUCUCUUCUACGUAUCUAGCGAUGACGAGUUUAUCAUUAAGACGGUACAACACAAAGAAGCAGAAUUUUUGCAAACACUCCUGCCAGGUUACUUUAUGAACCUGAACCAGAACAUGCGUACGCUGCUUCCUAAGUUCUACGGCCUCUACUGCGUUCAGGCUGAGGGGAAAAACAUCCGAAUUGUAGUGAUGAACAACCUGCUGCCUCAAGCUGUACCCAUGCACCUUAAAUUUGACCUGAAGGGAUCGACAUACAAGCGACGCGCUUCACCGAAAGAAAGGGCCAAGAAUUUGCCUACGUGCAAAGACCUAGACUUCAUGCAGGACAUGCCUGAGGGCAUAUUGCUGGAGAGUGACCACUAUAAUGCUCUAUGCAGGACUAUUCAAAGAGACUGUCGGGUACUGCAGAGUUUUAAAAUCAUGGACUACAGUCUGUUGAUGGGUAUCCACAACUUGGACCGGGCAGGUGAAGAGGCAUCUACUGCAGUUCCUGAUACCCAGAAAAAGGCACAAGGCCAGAAGCCCCUGUACUGUACAGCCAUCGAGUCUAUUCAAGGGGAAGCCAAAGGAAAGUCUUCACCACAGCCAUAUGAAAGCAUGGGGGGUAUUCCAGCAUUUAAUUCAAAAGGAGAAAAGUUGCUGGUUUUCAUCGGCAUCAUUGAUAUCCUUCAGUCUUAUAGGCUUGUGAAGAAGUUGGAGCACUCAUGGAAAGCUCUGCUGCAUGAUGGGGACACUGUAUCUGUGCACCGACCGAGUUUCUAUGCAGAUAGAUUCCAGAAGUUUAUGUGCAGUACAGUCUUCAAAAAACCCACUAUGAAAACCUCUCCCUCAAAGAAAAGUCGAGGAGGAGCCGUGUCUAUUGGGAAGAAGUCAAACAUUUCAGUAUCUGGACUAUCACAACAACAGUCCCUUCCUGUAGCAGCAGAACAAACACAGCCACAACAGACUACAGCGCAGCUGUGCAGCAGUGGAGCGGUGUCCCUCAGCCCAGACACUCAAGGAGACGGCGGUGUGCAGAUAGCUCGUCCUGACCUGCUCCCACAGCAACUAAAUGAAGAUGAGAUCACUAGUAGCUCAGCUGACACGACUCUGUCAGCAACCUCUCCUCUAAGCUUUCGACCUUCAAACACUGUAGCUCUGAGUUAUAGCAGUAUAGCUGCCCAGUCGUCAGGGGAAAGCUCGGAUGUGGAAGCCAGUUCACUCAGUGAGAUUGUUCCUCAGACAAGCACGUCAGAAUGAAAGACUUUGGGGUGAACAGGACAAAAUAAAGCCCUCGAGGACAAAGAACUCUCUUUUAAAGACACGAGAACAGAAAAAAAAGACCCGGGGAAGUGGAAACCAGAGAAUCUGGAGAACAAAAUAGAGCAGUGCACAUGUUCAUAAAACUGUAAAAACAUAAGGAUAAAGAUAUUCUUUCCCUUUUUUAUAAAUGUGUUUUUUGGGGAUGUCAACAGCACAGCAUCCAGUAUCGCUGCUAUGAAAUGGAACCAAAAGAAGAUGCCACUGUAGUACCUCAACAGUGUGAUAUCGCUGUUCUCGAACAGUGCCAUAUUUACAGGAACCUCCAGAACCCGACAAUGUUCACAGCAGAAGCAAAGAGACGAACAUCGUGUGACCAGGUCUUUUUGAGUACAUCUGUGAGAUUUCUAGUGGACUUCAUUUGACCAUCAUCUUUUUUUUUUUUUUUUUUUUUUUUUCCUCUUAGUUUGCCAAGGAGACAAAUCUACAGGAGUCAUAUUAUAUACUUUUACAAUGGGAAGAACGGAAAUCUGGUUGAUUGUGAGUUUUUAAUGCCUAUUUUAAAGACGUUUUAGGAACAUGGCAAGAUUAUCAAAAAAAAACCGUGUAGGAUGAGUCGAGCCAGAUCAGAUUGCCUGAACAAUCAUGUUAUAAGACACUUUCAAAUCUGUAAAAUGUAUUUGACUUGUUUUUAUGAAUUGAUUCGAUUGCAGUACUGUGAUAUUGUAUCGGAUAUUUAAACGUGCCUUAAUCACAAGAGUUAUUUUGCCUUGUCAUGAGCAGGAAGCCUUUUACCACGCAUGAUGACUGCGAGUUAACUCUGCACAAUCGCAUGGUCUCAAGUAUGUAAAAAAAAAAAGUGUCUGCUGAUGUGACUUAUAUAAUUAUUUUAAAAAAAUAAUAAUUUGGAGCAUACCAAGAAAAUGUUUCUCUUAGUUUUAUUUGCUUUGCAUUGUUUGCAAAAAAGAGAAACGUACAAAAGCAAACACAGGGUAAAAAGAUGCCACAUAUAAAAGACCAAAUUCAGUAUUUUAGCAUGCAGGGCAAUAUUUUGUUUCUUUAGCAUUGAAUUAAAAAAAAAAAAAAGGUACAGUAAUACUUCAUACCUGGCAGACUAGCUACUGUAAAACACAGCAUCUGUACUGUCUUCAGUAUCUUUUUAUGUUUACAUGAACUGGGUAAAAUAGGAACCUAUCUUAAGGCCUUGGUUUUUUGUAAAGAGAGAUUAAAUCAAAUUAAAAUAAAUCCUAAACCAAAACAUUUUUUUAUUAUUUUUGUAUUUGUAUUCAUGCUAAUCUGUAAGUCUAAAUGCAGAGAUCUUGGUAAUGAAGAUGCAAAUGUUUUUUAAUUUAGAUGGGUAGAGUUAAGGGAACAUUGCUGGAUUUUUUUCUGUGACUUUUUUUUUUUAUAAACAAAAGAAACAUUCCUGUACAAAGUCAUAUAUUUAUUUGGAUGUUUGCAUGUAAUUUAUUUCUUUCUCAACUUUUUAAGUGUCUGAAACUCAAUGGCUGUGUAAAUUUUUUAAAAUUUUUUUUGGGAGGGGAUGCUGAAUGCGUUUUUUACUGUACACUCACGAUCUGGGAUUCUUGUGCAAUUGCUGUUUAUUCUGAAAAUGCUGCCUUCAUUCAUAUUGUCUUAUUGAACUGAGAAAUGGUCUUUAGUAGCUUUAAAUGAAAAUAUUCCCUAUUCACUUUUGCAAUGACAUAUUCAUGUAUUACUGCUCACUUUCAAAGAAGAUUAAGAUCGGGGAGUAGAAGAUAUUGCAACAUUUCGUGCUGUUUGCGAAUGAAUGAAAUAAACAACACUGAAAAAAGCAA